CUGUCACGUAUAUGUCUGGUUGCUAUGACAACAAAUGUCAAAACUAUGGAAGCUAGACACCGUGCGUUUCCUUGCACUUGCUUAAUUUUACUUACACAACAUUAGUGUUUAGAUAAAUAAAUAUGGAAAAGAAUGUGCCACCGGAUCUUCAGAAAUGGCUAAGGAAAUGCUUAAAAAAGGAAUUUGGGAAAACCAUACAAAGCGCUAUAGAUAAGGAGCAGGAACCUGGCGAUAUCGCUUAUAAGCUCACACGUUCGAAAGACAUGGCUACUCUAUUGAGUUCUAUGAAGAAGGUAAUUGAUGAGCAAUAUAUAGCGAUAAAACCUUCAUCAGCUGCAUCGCGAUCGCAAUCAUCACUUUCUUUUACCAGUGAUCUCACAGCGGAUGAUUGGGCUUCUCCGCAAGAAAACGGUGAAGAAUAUAGUUGUAUCAUUGAUAGAAUUAGUCGCGAUAAACUGGUUCAUGUGAGACUGGCCGGCUACGAAAUAUUAUUAAAAAUUGAAUUAUCCAAUGUAAAUAACAGUUCGCACUGGGACGUUCUCCAGAAGACGUUGUUGGAUGGUCUCACGGAUGAUAGCAGAGCCAUAUUUGAAGCUAGCAUGCAGGUACACGCUAAGUUGCUGAAUUAUCCGCAAUUGCAUAGUAUCUAUGGCAAUCUAUUGAAUGCGUUCGACACACAAUAUCAUUCGCAGAAGAUGCGCGAGACUCUGCCUACUCUAAUUUCCGGAAUUAAUUUCAAGUUCUUCCUGCACGAGAAAUUGUUCUGCAUAAUGUAUCUGAUAAUUCAUUAUCAAAAACAGAUGUUGAAGAAUACUAGGCACAGCGACAAGACUAUAGAAGAAAUCAUCGAGCAAUUUAUACUAUUUCUCAGUACGCACAGCUUUGGCAAUGAAUUGCAACCUAAAACCUUAAAUGUGCUGAAUAUAAUCUCGAUACUGGAGCCGCAGGCCAAAUGGAGCAAGCGAUGGCUUCAUAGCUUUUCCAUGAGGAAAAUUUUCGUCACCGCUUUGGCCAAGUCCCCAACGUUUCUGCAGAACGUUGUCGAAUGCGUCAAUCAUGGCCUGAAAGAAACACCCUGUUCCCUGUCCGCAUCUAUCACGGAUGAGAGCAAUGACCUGCGUAUCUCCGGGAAUACGAUAGAAACUGCAACCUAUCUGCAUUGUUUGGUUUUCGUCUCGCAGCUUUGCAGCUAUGAGGCGAGCAGAACAUUGUUCACGGAGAAUUUGUUGAAGACGCCGUUCGACAUCGCUGAUUUCUUAAUAGAACUGUUAAAAUCCUUAAAUAAAUUAGCAAAGGAAGCGUCAAGUGGGGUAUACGAUACCUCCUGUAGUGCUUUGCAAAAUGUUCUCAAUAUAUCAGUAAUAUUGUACAAUGCUGAAUUUUAUCACGUCGCAUUAUGCCACUUGACGUCUGUUCCUGCAAACGAUAUAAAAAUUUGGCCGCAUACAUUGAACAUUAUCUCUCAUAUGGCGGAUACGAUCGACGGAUCAGUAUUCUUGAUUAAGCAUUGCAAAGAUCACUCUGCAAGUUCUGAAAACGCGCCAUCAAAAUGCCCAGUUACAGUUGUGAUACAGUAUGCCUCGAAUUUAAUAAAACAACCCUUUUCCAUAAUGAGUACAGAAUGUAUUCUUAGCUCAUUUAGUUUAUUAGAGAAAUUAUUCGAUGUUAUUUAUGAUGUUUACGAAGCCGCGCAGGAGCAGAUAGAAACGCAAUUUUAUCCAGCUGUUGCUAGCUUUUAUAAGAAAUUAAACAAAUGGAGUGUCGAGAACGAGAAUAAAAUUCAGCAAUUUGAUAGUGCUGUUAAAAAGGUUUUAUUAAAAAUAGUAUCGAUACCGCUCGGCUUGCAAGCGCUCGUCAAUGAGAAACUGGUGUUCGAAGAACUUAUUCGUGGAUUAAUCGUUCCUCUAAGAGCGACCUGGAGCUCCACCGACAUAGUCAGCUUCGUCUCGUCCGCUGGUUAUUUCGAUUUAGGCUACAACGUGCUCGCUGAUCUCGGACCCCACGUUCUAUCGACUUUACUGUCGCAAACUUGCGCAAACGCGGAAGAUCCCACAUGCUUUUAUGAUCCAUGGGACAAAGAAAACAUCAAUGAAUUUUUACAUAUUCUUGCAUUGUUUUCCCUCAAUUUUAACUGUUUUGCCGCGUUUAUGAUGAAUGACAGUGAAUUAGAUAACAAUGAAGAAAAGGAUUAUCCUUCAAAUUUGUCUGAAUUACUGCAAGCUGUAUUAAAUGAGAAUUCACGUUAUCAUUAUUUAGGUCUUUUGUCGUUGAAUGUAGUGAUUUGGAACAUAGACAUUUGUGUCUACUUAAUAAACUCGUUAAACUUUCAGGUAGCAUUGUUAAAUAUUCAGAAGGAGAGCACAAUAAUAAUUGAAAUUCGCAAUGAGCAAACCGACGAAGAAACUGAUUACGAGCAAACUAUGAUAGAGAAUGAAGAUAUUGAUGUUGAUAAGCCAGAAACGACAAAAGAAUAUAUAAUUGAUGAUUCUAGCAUUUUGCGACAUAAUAUUUUACUGAAAUCGUACUACACGACAUAUAAUAGGAAGCAACAUACAGUACCAUUGGACGAAUAUGAACUAUUUUCGGAAUUUCCACCUCCCACGAUAUACGCAGAUAUGAUAGAGUUUCCAGUUGCGGAAUGUGAUUCAGAACUAAAUGACAUGCUGCAGGAGGAGAGGCCCGGAUUGUUAGAUAUUGGUUGGGUAUCGCAAGUUAGAGCGGCUCAUAAAGCCUCGCGAUGUCCGAUGAAGAAUUCAGCAAUGACGAAUUUAUUGAACCAAAUGCACAAAGCUAUCCCAACUGCGGAAUGGGUAGAACAGUUUGAAUGGCAAGAAAAUAUAACAUAUGAUGCAGACUAUUGGCUUCCGGAAGAUACACACGCGAUUAAUCUUGCUUUGAAUUAUGCUGAACAACGGCAGAUUUUAAAAAAUACUGACGAUAAUCAGAAAAAUUUAAAACAAUUCAUUCAUUCUGCUUACAUAUUUAUACAGUACAAUAAACCGAACAGAUUCGAAGGUUUCGACUGGUUCUUGGCAACAGUGUUUAUUAUUUGUGAUGGAGAUUUAGACAAGUGCAAGACAUUUAUUAUGCAAUUAAUUCAAUUUCCAUCGACAUUGCUCCUUUGGCCAAAAUUAGGCAGAGUUAUUGACGAAAAGAAUAAUGAGAAUACUAGUUCGCAAUUCACUUUUAUGCAAGUUUUAGAAACCAUGGUUGAUAUCGAGCUUCCACAUAUUAAAUAUGGAUUAAAGGAUGUUUGUGGUCUGAACUGGUGGAUGAUAGCCAAUAGAAUGAUAACGCAAUGUUUCUGGGGAAUUCUUCCAUGGAGUGAAAUAGUUCACUUUUUUGCAAUUUGCAUCUUGUACCCUUCCGAUUAUAUGGUGUAUUAUUGCAUAUCACUUUUGCAAUACUGCGAAGAGACUUUGUUGGAGAAUUUUACGAGUAAAAAGAUGUGGCCGGAAAAUAUGAUGUUCGACGAAUAUCGUUGUCAUAACUACAUUUCGUACAUGGAUAAUUUGGGGCAACGAUAUAGAAAUCGAGUUUUACCGGCAAUGACUAAAAAUCUGAAUUCAGAAGAUGAAUUAUAAUUGUAUAUAAUGUAUCUUAUUAGCUUGUAUCUUAAAAAUAAUAAAAAAGAAAAAUAUGUAUGUAUAUUAACGAUACAUAUAAAACAGCAAACUUUAUCCUGUAAAGGAAAAUAUUUUAUAUACUUUUUAUGUUGAAAAAUUAUA